AUAAAUGUACAACUAUGACUUGUUCAGUUGUUCUUAAGACAAACAAACUAAAACAUUGCAAACAGAGUCCUAUGCCAUUUAUAGAAACACAAUGGAAACAGAUUCCUCUGCCGUUAAUGCUAUUGAUGAAGCUUACAAUUUCCUGCAAGCUGUUCCGAAUCCGGAUGGUUCACUCACCCGAUCUGAAUUUUUCCCCAGCGUUCCUCCCUCACCCGAACUCGUAGCUGGCUCAGCAUCUGAAAACCAGCUAGCUCUCUCCAAAGACAUUCAACUUAACACAAAAAACCAGACCUUUCUUCGCCUCUAUCGCCCUACCAACCACACUGAGAAGCUUCCCAUAAUCAUUGAUUUUCAUGGGGGAGGUUUCGUUAUUGGUAGCGCUGCAUCAGCUCCCUUUCAUGAAAUCUGGAACGGUGCUUCUGCUUUUGCCCCUUCUUUAGUCAUAAGCGUUGAUUAUCGUCUAGCACCAGAGCACCGUCUUCCAGCUGCGUAUGAUGAUGCUUUGGAAGCCAUAAUGUGGGUACGUGAUCAAGCCAGAGAAGUCAAUACUCGUGAUCCUUGGAUGAAGGACUUGGCUGAUUAUUCCAAUGUUUAUAUUAUGGGUACCAGCGCCGGUGGUAAUAUUGCUUACCAUGCAAAUUUACUUGCUCUGGACGCGGAUAUGAGUCCGGUCCAGAUCAAAGGGUUGAUACUGAAUCAGCCCUUUUUUGGAGGGGUUCAACGAACACAGUCUGAAGAAAGGUUAAGCACUAAUCCAAAUUUACCGUUAAAUGUCAGUGAUCUGAUGUGGCAGCUGGCAUUACCGCUGGGAUCUGAUCGCGACCACGAGUAUUCCAAUCCCUUAAUCAGUUGUAAUCCAAAGAUCAAACAGUUAACAAGGUGUUUGAUGAGAGGGUUUGAAGGGGAUCCACUUGUGGAUAGAAUAAAGGGAUUAGUGAAGAUGCUAGAGGCCAGUGGUGUGCAGGUGGUGGCCAAGAUUGAAGACGGAGGGUGUCAUGGUGCAGAGUUAAAUGAUCAAAGUAAGGUUCAAGAAUUGUGUUUACAGAUCAAGGAUUUCAUUUACUCUUCUUGAUCAAUACAAGCUGAUAAUAUCAUGUUAUUAGGCCUGUUUGGCUAUGAAAAUUAAACCCUUAUUAAAGGUUACAGAAAAAAGGUAGAGUUUUAUGUAUUUUUCUUAGAAAUAAGUUUAGCCAAACUACGACAUUGUUAAAUAUGUUUACCAUAAGUUACUACUGGUUGUCAACUUAAGUUCUUUGAAAAGAUUGAAUUCUGUUUAGACUCUACAGCUCUCAUUUAUUUUCAGUGUUUUAUCUUCUUAGACCUCAAUGAAAUCCAGAAAUAAAUUUGCAUGAUGCAUGCCUUCUCUUGUUCCUUUACAGAGAAGCAGAGUUAGAUCUUUAAAAAGACAUUUUGGUCAGAAAAUGAUGAGACAUUUUAACACAAUGUGACGAGAUACAGGACUUCUGUUCACUUGCAAGACAUGUUCCAGUUUGAUUUCCUUGAAUAUACUACAGUCUACAGUUGAGCAGAAAUCCGGUUUUACCAUUAUCAGUAAUUAAUCUGUUGUGGAUAUUGGCACUGCCCCCUGGAUGUGAUCAUGAUCACGAGUAUUCUAAUCCGUUGGAUGGUGGUGGUGAUCUGAAGAUUGAAAGACUGCCGAGGUGUUUGAUAAGAGGGUUUGAAUUGGAUCCAUUGGUGGAUAGAAUAAAGAAACUUGCGAAGAUGUUGGACGCCCAAGGGUGAAGGUGGUGGCCAGGAUUGAAGAGGGCGGGUGUCACGGGGCGGAGAUUAUUGAUCUGGGAAAGCUGCAGGAAUUGUUUCUGCAGAUUAAGGAUUUCAUCUACUCUUCUUAAUUAUUCAGUAGAAUUACAAAUGUAAUGUUGAAUUACUAUCAGUUUAUUUCGUAUUCCUUUAUAAACCAGCAGAGUUUGAUCAGUAAAAGACUAAUUAGACAUUUAACAUAAUGAUUAAGGUUUAUGCAUACAUGAAUGCUGCUCUAAUGAAAGAAGAGAUAUGUUCAAUAAAUGUAUGUGUGAAUGAAAGAAAAAAGAAAACUAUAUGAUUGUGGACAGAA